AUGUGGAAAAAGAGUUUUCUCGUGUUCCUUUUCUCUCUUUCAAUUCAAAAGGUUGCACUGGAUUGUGAAAGAAUGAGAAAAACAAAUGAAUUCCCUUCUCCAAGUUUGUACUCACAAACGGACACAGUCAUGUGGGGUCAGAAUGUAUCUCUAUCGUGUUUCCAACAGAACAAAUCACUAGAGAUCACCUAUUUUUUGUUUCGGGAUGAGAAAUGCCUGCAAACCCAGGAUGGAAAAGGUGAACCCGUGACUUUUAACCUAACAAUCUCAGAAGCCCGUGAUCUGGGCCCCUACAAAUGCAAAGUCCAAGUUGCUAACUGUGCAAAAUACAGUCAGCCAUUCAACUUCACAUUUGUCGACCCAGUGACUGCACCAGUGCUGAACAUUAGCAUCAUUCAAACAAAAACAGACCGAUAUAUAGCGCUACGCUGCAUCUCAUUCAACGGCUCUCUGCCCAUCGAUUAUAUUUUCUUUGAAAAAAACAUCAACAUAUCACCAGUUAUUUCCAAGAAUGUAAGGAAGCCUGCUGAAUUUAACAUAACCGAGAGUAACACUGCAGAAGUGAAAGAGUACAGGUGUAAAGCUAAAAACAGAUUGCCUAACCAUGCAAAAUACAGUCAACCUGUCACCAUAGCUUCAACAGGAGGAGACUGCGGUCCAUUCUGCCUGCAGUUCCUGCUUCCGGGGUUAUUACUGGUGCUAAUAGUAAUCAUCCUAAUUCUAGUAUUUUGGAUGCUACCAAAGUACAAAGCAAGAAAGGCGAUGAAAGAUAGUGCACCCAGAGUCUACGGAAAUACACCCAUGGAAGCUGGAAUAUAUGCAAAUGUCUGUGAAAAUCAAGCAGAUGAGAAGCCUGUUCCAGGCUUAGAACCAAAGCAAUGUGUUUCCAGGGCUGAAUACUCCCAGGAGAUACAUUAUGCUGCCCCCAUGUUCCAGCAGGUGGCACCAAGAGAUCAGGAAGACAGUAAUAAUUCUAAAGGUGGAUAUGUCUAUUCUGAACUUGUCUUCUGA